GUAACAAAAUGGAGGAAAUAUGUCGAUGUCACGUCGAUUUCUCCGAUCCACAGAAUAUUUCCUGUUUUCAGGGACUCUCAAAGGUAAGCGAAGAAUCUAAAGUAAUAGAGAAGAUUGUGCUCGACUUUGGGAAAGUGGCAGUUUUUGGGAAAUACACAAAAACUGUUUCCAUACGAAACUUCAACCAAGAGGAUGUUGCAAGCUACAGAAUAAAGAGAGACGCGUCAGUGGGUUUCUACAAUCCCGCUUUCAGUUUCAAUAGAAAGGAAGGAUUCGUGAAAGCAAAUGCAGCCUUUAUAAAACUGAAAGUUGACUAUUUGCCGACGAUUCCUUUUUACAAAGAUGUAGGCUGCUUUGAAUUUGUGGAUAACGGUUACAAUGUCGUCAAAAUAGUAGCUAAAGGAGAGACUAAAGGUCCACAACUGAGUACAUCUACAAAUGUCAUUCAUUUCUUUCUUCAUCCACCUAAGAAGAGAACCAAAAAAGUUUUCGAAAUAGUAAAUUCGUCUGAUGUCCCCGCUGAAUUCAUGUUCGAUUUUGAUGAGAAACAAGAACUGUUCCAAGUUGAACCACGUAAAGGAGUGAUUCGAAAACACAUGUAUAUAGCGGUGUUUUUCGCGCCAAAAUCGGGGGGAGUUUUCAGCCAGCAACUCACAUGUUUCGUUUGGGGACACAAACCCUUUUCUGUGGACCUCAUCGGCAUAUUAACAAAGGAAAAAAUCGAGCCAAAAGAUGUAAUAUUCCAGCCUUAUCCCCUGCCGACCAACGACAUCCUCGGGAAUACAGAGUGUUCGAAAAUAGAUCUGUCUGUUUUGCCUCCGAUUUCUUUGAGUAGGAAUUUCAUAGAUUUUGGAAGAGUUAUCAACUUGGAGUCGAAUCAGUGGAAUGGAGGAGUGCGAUCAGCUUACAAACGGCAAGCUAUUAGUGUGACAAAUAAUAUGAAGCAUGACAUCGAAGUCUUUUGGGUAGAAGAUGAUGAAAUUUUUUGCGCCAAUCCCAAAAGAGCCCAAAUAUCUCCAAAUCAUUCGUUUUUUUUCGAGUUCUAUUUUACACCGCCUGACAACAACUGUAUCUACAGCAGAUCAUUAACAGCCCAGGUCUACUGGGUGUCGGAAAUGAAAAAAAUCGGCACUUGGAAUGUACCCUUCACGGCAAGCAUUAUCCUCCAAGGUAAUUCUUUCACUUCGGAAGCCUUCGUGAUAACCAACGUCGAAAUAAGUCCUCCACAAAUAACGUUUCCGGUGUGUUUGCCUGAAGAUGUCACGAUCCAAAAUUUCAAAAUUCGAAACGUAGGUCCCGUUCCGGUAAUGUACAAACUGGUCCCUCCAUACAGCACGAACAUGGCGAUGAAACCAACAGCGGGUAUUAUUGAGGAUUACGUCAUCAUCCAGGCUCAGCUUAGAACUUGCGAGGCUGGCCAGAGGCAAUUUUUCGAGACUUGGUAUUUGGAGUUAAACAGUCGAGAAGAGAAGAAGAUUCCUAUAAGUUUCAGUGGUGUUUGCGCUCUACCUUCAGUUCAAAUUGGAGAUAAUAACGUUGUUGUCUUAGAACGUAUACAAGCUUAUACUUAUGGAAUGGCGACGGUAUCCUUGCGGAACACCUCCUGCCACCAUCUAAGAUUUGUUAUCGAUACCGGAGACAGUGAAUUGGUUCAACUGGAUCCUACUGAGGCAGAUCUUGAACCAUAUGACGAAAUACUUCUAACAUGUAACUAUACCGCAAGUGUAUGUUUCCAGAAGAAAACAAGUGGAAAGAUCUAUUUCCAGAUCUUACGAAAAUUCCAGGAAUUGGUCGGCCUCACUUACGAAACUGAAUUCACUGUUUACACCGACUUCACAUAUGCACAGUUAUGUGCAACUCCAACUUCUUACAACUUCGACAUCGUCCAGUGGGGAAAAGUUAUCCAGUCACAAUUUCACGUGUUCAAUUUCGGAGACAUAGCAGUGUUCUUCAAGAUGCGAUGCAUAAACAGGUCUCACAACCAGGAUCAAUUCCAAAUCAUCCCCAGCUCGGGUGAGGUGAAACCGGGUGAAAAACUAGAGAUUCUGGUGGAGGGAUGCGCCCAAUCCUUGGGGUCGAACGAAAUAACCGUAGUUUACUCGAACAGGAUAUCAGAGUAUACGGAGGCGGUGGACUUUCACGCUGAACCAAUAGAACUGUACAAGUUUAUUUAUGAUUGUCAGUUUCCUCGUUUACAGUUAGAAGACGUGGUUGAACAUGAUUUUGGGCCCCUUUUCAAUAAGAAACACAUGUGGGAAUUCCUCAACCUCGACAGGUUGAACGACGCGCUGGGACAAAUAUCAGAAGAAGACACUGAAACAAUCCACAUGGCUUUGCCAGAUUUCGAAGUCGGACCAGAAUUACGUUAUGUCACAGUUCUCAUAGAAAAUACCACCAAUUUCGAGACGAAAAUUGAAUUGAAAAGGAAGAAAAUGUGCGACUGUCACUUGCAAGAGGCCAAAAACACGUUCAACACAACCAAACAAGUUUACAACUGCCCUCAUAGAGAAACGCUUUCCCUAGAAUUGUCGGACAAUAUAUUUUUCAAACAAUCCUCCAGACUGCUGACCAUCACUGUGAAGUACAGCAUACCGGGAAGGACGAAAAUGGGGUACAGCCUAGACCUCGGCGACGGCAGGAUUAUCGAGCUGAUAUUCCUCAUCUACGCUAUUCCGGAAAAUGCUGGUAAAAUCUCCUGCUACACAGACUACUUUUCACCGAACCUAACUAACGUCGCGAUGAGCAGGAAAAAAGCGCCCAUUCAAACGUACUGGUUAUACAACAAUACCAAAAGGUCGGCGAGAUAUGAAAUUGAUACCGAAAACGUUCAGGAACUGUGUCGAUAUGAGGGGUUCGUUAUUUUCCAAAUUGUGAACCCGUCCGGAGAAAUCGAACCGUAUACUGCAUGGCCCCUUAUGAUCAAAUUUCAUCCGAUUGAAAUUAAGGAAUAUCAAGUUUCUGUUCCUAUUUACUUUGACGCCAUCAAGGAGGAGUUGAAUAUCCGGGGGAGUGGAAGGCACGCUAAAAAAGCUAGCGAGUUUCUUUUGGAUAAAGUGACAAGAAGUUGCACAGCAACUUACAAAGUACCAGCGACUUUAUCCACGGAUUACUUAACUGUUGACCCAUUACUUGUGUGGAAUUCCACCGAGCGGAUUAUUUUCAUCAAGAAUAUCACCAAAGAUAGGAUUUUACAAUAUCACUGGGGAGAAGCAGGAAUUCGUAAUGUAGUGAAAAUAACUGUGGUCAACAAAUAUGGUACUCUGAAGCCCAAAGAAUCACAUUCCAUUGUGCUCAAAAUAUUUUCCUUCAACGAAGCUUGUAUCACAGACAUUUCGCUAUCUUGUACGGUAGAUGAUCUGUCUGGGAUGUACGUCCACAAGAAAUCAAUGGAACUUCAUCAACAGAGUGCUAAAGAAAUGGAGGGGCAGUUUAUUAUCAAUGAAACAGGAACUGAAGAGAUGCAUAACAAUGUGAUUUUACAAGAAGAACCACAACCUUGGACACUAUCAAUAAAUAUUGAUAUCAACAUAAUACAUGCCAUGGAUUUAGAUAUUUUGAAAUGUUCGAAUAACCUCUUCACAUGUUCCCCACAAGCGGACUUGGAUGUAGACGUAAAUAAAAUAGUUGAAAGAUAUUCGGAUUCCAAUAAUCAGAACGACCCAGACUCCGCUCUUAGUGCUGAGAAUUCCGAAAGUGUCAGGACAGUUAUGAGACAAUUGAUAUCGGAGGUUGUUUUCGGCAAUACUUUCCAAAAGCUGCUAGAAACAUCUACCAACCAAUCUCCAGUGUACUAUGAUCAAGUUACGUUAGAUGCAGAAAUCAGCCAGAGUAGAGUCGCGGAGCCUUUGAGUAAGGAAGCCAUCAAGAAAAUCAGGGAGGAUGAAAUAAAAAAGUUCUUCUCCAGACCAAAGUUACCUGUGCUUUCCGGAGCGCUAAAAGAGCUUAUAUUAGAUGGCAUUCAAGAAGUAUUCCAACUUGGAGUGACCUAUCCAGAAGAGUACGAUGAGAAAAAGGUGGAAAAAGAAGUAGAACUUUUGCUACCAGUGUGUGAUGAUUGUGCUUGUAAAAUUCAAAAUAAAUGAGGCCGUUGGUCA